AUGUUAUUCUCAGUCGUAGCUGACACAGAGGCACGUAACGAGCUGAAGGAAGCUCUGGGGAUGAUCACCAGCAGCACUAACGUGCCUCCCUAUUACGAGAACAUGCUCAUGUAUGGCUAUCCCCCCGCGUACAUCACCACCUCUGAGCGUUUCAGGCGUGAGCAGGCUGGAGCGGAGCAGUUACGCAAAGACAUCGCAAACACCACCAUCACCAUACACCUGGGGAUUGAUUCGGAUUCGGAUGGUGAUGCCAAUGUAGCUGACCAACCCGCAAGCUUGUGCACUAAUACUAACGGUGUGGAGUCGGUGACAGAUGUGCCUGUCACGGGCAGUGAGGUUGUUGAUAAUGGUAAUAAACCUCAACGGAUUGCCAGUACCAGAACAUCGGCCAGCCAAUUGAGAGGCCUGGAUGUAUCGCCGAGUCGUAUGGAUCUGAGUGAGAAUGAGGAUAUGGAUGUGCUAGCAAGUGUUAAUAUGGACAUGAGCGAUAGUGAGAGCGAGUCUGAGCUGGAGACAAGGUCAGAGACUGUGGUAGAGGGACGGGUGGAGGCAAUUGCGACCACACCCACACCGGACGAUACGGUGGGAGGUAGGCAAGUAUCAGAGCUCACCACUAUACCGACAACCACACCGGGAGACUCAGCCGUGGCCAAGGCAUCAGAGAGGGUGGAUACGAUUGUUGGGGCGUCAGAGGGGGUGGAUACGAUGGCACAGCCGCCAGCGGACGGCAUCGACGCGUCACAGAGAAACCAGAUCACCAACGAAUAUCCGCAUGCGUACGCGCGUGCGAAUGAACUAGCGCUCGGGAACCGAUACUUUGACAGGCUGGUCGAGUUUGGGCGGACGGAGAAACCGGCGCACCACAUGUAUGCGUACAUGGGACUAAACACGCCACCUCACAGCAUCGAAGAGAUGGUGGACUAUCCAUGGAACCCAUACUCGCCUUACUUUGAUGUGGAGAAGGAACAGUGGAAGCAAAGUCAGGUGUUCUACUUCUGGCGCCAGAAGGCCAUGCGCGACAACGCGACCUCCGGAGUGACUACCGACUAUCCCCACCCCCGCAUGUACCACCCAACAACAGCCAACACACACACCCCGCAAGGCAUACUACCCCAACCACACCCACCCACCCACCCUCUGUUGCAACACACGCUGGUCCGGGUGUGGCAUAUGGGGGUGCGGGCUAUGGGGGGUAUCCCAUUCCACGCGCUGCAGUACAAGGCGGCUACUAUGCUCAGGUAA